CAAAAUUACGCCGCUACAAAAAUAAUAAUGAUACAUUGUAUGUAUUUCUCUUAUUAUGAACGAAUAUAGCUGGAAGAAUUAAGGAAGAAUGAACAUCGCUAACGAAACUAGACGAAGGAGGAGCAGUCGUUUCUGGAUGGUAUACCGAAAAUCAUCGUUUAAUCGUUUUGAUCGAUCCUAAAUAAGAAUGACAGAGCACGAACGGAGUACUACCAUCAUCGAACUAUUUCAUAGGAGGAUUCCCCAAUACGCCGCCGCUGCUGCAGCCUGCAUGGGUGGAUUCUCGUUGGGAUGCGGCCUCGGUUGGAGCGCUCCGUGCGUCGAAAUACUGAGGAGCCAGUUAGACGACUUUGCGAUAAAUGUGAUCGCAUCGGUGUUCCCGGUAGGCGCGGCGGUAGGCACUAUCGCCGUGCCCCUGCUAGUCGACAGGAUCGGCCGGAAGUGGACAAUGAUGGUCCUGGUGCCGGCCAUCAUCAUUGGCUGGAUUCUACUCAUUUCCGCGGGCACACUGGUACCGCUCUACGUGAUCGGCAGGGUCGUGACUGGCGCUUGUGGCGGCAUGUGCUGCGUCCUUGCGCCUAUGUAUUCCGCAGAGAUCUCCGAGAAACAUAUUAGAGGGACGACGGGCGUCUUCUUCCAGUUGCUGCUCGUGAUCGGUAUACUAUACGUGUACAUCACCGGUUUCACGCGAAACGUGAUCGCGAUAUCCAGUCUCUGUUGCAUCGCACCGAUCGUGUUCGGCGUGACGAUGUCCUUCAUGCCGGAGAGCCCGUUGUACUACUUGAUCAAAAAUAAGGAAGAAGAUGCGCGAAAGUCUAUGCGGUUCUUUCGCGGACCUAAUUUCGAUAUUGAGCCGGAGAUAAACGCAUUCAAGGAACAAGUGGAGAGAAGCAAAUUUCAAAAACCAAACAUCUCGGCCUUCAUGAGAAAGCCCGUGUUGAAGACUCUGGCCGUGGCCUACGGUCUAAUGUUUGCCCAGCAAUUUAGCGGCAUUAACGCCAUAAUAUUCUACGGUUUCACGAUCCUCGAAGCGACAGGCGUCGGCAUGGAGUCGCAAUUGGAACUGGUCAUUUUCGGUGUCGUCCAGGUGGUAGCUUGCGUGGCAGCGGCACUGUUGGUCGACAAGCUGGGACGCAAGCUACUUAUGGUGAUCUCCUUGGCGACGAUGUGUGCCUGCUUGGCGGCCUUGGCGGGUUUCUUCGUCCUGACAAACUAUCAGCCACAGUUAGCAGAUCAAAUAUACUGGGUGCCACUCACAUCGGUGUGUGUCUACAUACUCGCCUUCUGCCUUGGAGCUGGUCCAAUUCCAUGGGCUUACAUGGGCGAGAUUUUUCCUACGCGCUUGAAGAGCGUAGCAUCGUCUAGCGCGGCUUUCUUUAAUUGGCUACUGGCGUUUACGGUUACAAUAUCCUUUCCAAGCGCCGUUAAAGUACUAGAUUAUUCCGUGGUGUUUUCCUUCUUUGCUCUACUGUGUGCCUUGGCCAUAUUAUUCGUAAUCUUCUGCAUGGUGGAGACUAAAGACAAGACAUUUGCAGAAAUUGAACAGGCAUAUGGAACUCACGUGCUUGCGCAGAACGAAGAGCUUUCCAAUACGCAGUGAAACAAAGAAUUUCCCAUGAAACAACCACCUGUCAAACAGGUAGGAAAGAUUCCAUGGAAGACGAAUAGAGAGAAGACGUGGGAUUUGUCACGUUUAUUUGAUCAUACAGUUUGAUGCAUCGAGAUUGACAUAUUUUGAAGUUGUCGUUUGUCGAUGAUGUAUAUUAUUCUCAAUAUUACAAAGAUGAAAAAUCACAAAA